AUGAGUGCUUCCAAGAUGGCCAUGUCCAAUCUAGAGAGAAUAUUAGAACUGGUUCCUCUUUCGCCCACCAGUUUUGUUACGCGAUACCUGCCUGCUGCACCCGUAGGGUCCAAGGGCACGUUUGGUGGGACGCUAGUAUCACAAUCGCUGCUGGCAUCGCUGCAUACCGUGCCAUUGAACUUCUUUCCCACGUCACUGCAUUCGUACUUCAUCAAGGGCGGUGACCCGCGAGCCAAGAUCACGUACCAUGUGCAGAAUCUGCGAAACGGCAGAAAUUUCAUCCAUAAGCAGGUUACUGCCUACCAGCACGACAAACUCAUCUUCACCUCGAUGAUCUUGUUUGCCGUGCAACGGUCUAAGGAGCAUGAUUCCUUGCAGCAUUGGGAGACUAUCCCGGGCCUGGAGGACGAGCAACCGGACCCUCAUCGGUACGAAGAAGCCACUUCACUUUUCCAAAAAGAAGUCUUGAACCCACAGAAACUGAGCCGGUAUGCCUCUUUAUCUGACAGGUUCCAAGACGCAGCGUCCAUGAGCAAGUACGUGGACGCGUUUCAGUACGGUGUCAUGGAGUACCAAUUCCCCAAGGACAUGUUCUAUUCCGCAAAACACACCGAUGAGUUGGAUUACUUCGUCAAAGUGAGACCCCCCAUUACUACCGUGGAGCACACAGUCGACGAGUCCUCUUUGCACAAGCACCAUCCGUACAGAAUCUCGAAGAGUAUUACUCCCGAGAACGAUGCCCGCUACAACUACGUGGCCUUUGCGUACCUUUCGGAUUCGUACCUCCUGCUCACGAUCCCGUACUUCCACAACCUGCCUUUGUACUGCCACAGUUUCAGCGUUUCGCUUGACCACACCAUCUACUUUCACCAGUUGCCCCAUGUGAACAAUUGGAUCCACCUGAAGAUUUUGAAUCCCAGGUCUCAUUGGGACAAGCACCUCGUGCAAGGCAAGUACUUCGACACGCAGUCCGGCCACAUCAUGGCAAGUGUCUCCCAAGAGGGAUACGUUGUCUACGGGUCCGAACGAGACAUCCGGGCCAAGUUCUGA